UGGACUACAAUUCCCAGCUAGUAAAGACUACAGAACUACGUCAUCAUUCUGCGACAGUAGCUGUCUUGAAACGCAGACAGCGCCGUAGUGGUUUCUUUCAAAUUCAUCAGAUUAAACAUUCGAACAUGGUUACGAACAUUGCAGAUUACUAGCCUGUAAAAUGUUUAUGCCAAGAGCCCUUAAGGUGAAGAGACCAGCAGAAGACUCUAACCUAAUUCUGAAGAAGAAGAAAGUCCAGUUGGAUCAAGAAGAUGAGACAAGUGAAGGAGCUUCUAAGACACAUGAUGAACAGGAGACCAAAGACACCAACAUUGAAGACUGCAGAGUAAUGGUUGAGAUCCCAUUACAAGAAGAACAAAAAGAAGAACCAUUACAAGAAGAACAAAAAGAAGAAGAAAAAGUAGAGAAGGAGUGUUCUUCAAGCAGUGCUGAAGAAGAGGAGGAACCGGUCAAAUCUUUCAAAAAGAAUCAAAGAUGGCCAGAACCAGGAGAACCCAUCUGUGUGAUGUGUGGGCGCUAUGGAGAGUACAUCUGUGACAGCACUGACAACGAUGUUUGCAGUCUGGAAUGUAAAGGCAGCCACUUGGCCCAAAUGGGCUUGGGCACUGGGGUGGAGGUGUUUAAUCAAAAGGACACGAAUAGAGACGAAAAGACUCAACCUGCUGCAGUUUCUGUGAAAACACUUGAAUUGAACUAUUCCUACAAGGAGGAUCCAUUCAUAUCUGGUCUCACUGAUGAGCAAGUGGGGCGGAUUAAAAAAGAACUGGGCAUUGAUACCCAAGGGAGAGAUGUAACGAGGCCCAUUGUGGAGUUUGAACACUGUGGCUUUCCAGUCACUCUUAAUCGCAACUUGAAGAAGGCCGGCUACGAGACGCCCACACCCGUACAGAUGCAGAUGCUGCCCGUUGGUCUCAUUGGCAGGGAUGUGAUCACCAGUGCUGACACCGGCUCAGGGAAAACGAUAGCCUUCCUGCUGCCCGUCAUUCUAAGGGCAACGAAGGAACAAACUCAGACUGCUGGCAGCCCCGUGGCCCUCAUCUUGACCCCCACCAGAGAGCUGGCCAUUCAGAUAGAGAGACAGGCCAAGGAGGUGGUGAUUGGCCUCCCUAAUAUGAGAACCGCCCUGCUGGUGGGCGGCAUGCCCCUCCCUCCACAACUUCACCGCCUCAAGAGCAGCAUCAAAAUCGUCAUAGCAACACCAGGGAGACUCCUUGAGGUUUUGAAGCAAAAGGCUGUGCGGCUUGAUAGAGUGAAGAUUGUUGUGGUUGAUGAGGUUGACACUAUGCUCAAGAUGGGCUUCCAGCAGCAGGUCCUAGAGGUUUUAGAGCAUGUGCCCGAAGACCGCCAGACCCUACUGGCAUCAGCCACCAUCCCAACGGGGACGGAGGAGCUGGCGUCCCGGUUGGUGCAGGACCCAGUCCGUAUUGCUGUCGGAGAGAAGAACCAGCCCUGUGCCAACGUUAGGCAGAUCCUGCUGUGGGUCGAGGAGCCCUCCAAGAAGAAGAAGCUGUUUGAGAUUCUCAACGACAAUAAGUUAUACCAGCCUCCAGUGGUGGUGUUUGUCGACUGUAAACUCGGCGCCGAUCUGCUGUGUGAAGCCGUCGCCAAGGUGACGGACCUCAACACAGUGGCGAUCCACUCCGACAAGAGCCAGCUGGAACGUAAUCGCAUCCUCAAGGGACUUCUGGAUGGUGACUUUGAGGUGGUGAUAAGUACCGGUGUGCUCGGCAGGGGACUGGACUUGGCAAACGUCCGAGUGGUGGUUAAUUUUGAUAUGCCAAACACCAUGGAUGAGUAUGUCCAUCAGGUGGGAAGAGCCGGUCGUCUCGGCCACAGGGGAACAGCCAUCACCUUUCUGAACAACAACAACAAACGUUUGUUCCUGGCGGUGUUCAACAGGGUCAAACCGACAGGAACCAUCCUGCCUCCGCAGCUCCUCAACUCACCUCACCUUUUCGAACAGCAGAGGAGAGAAAAGCAACACGCUAAGUUUGGGCCUGGCGACACGAUGGUAACCAAGAAUAACCUCCUCGACAUUAUUAAGAGACAUGACCGGCGUAAAAAAUAGUUCGGACAGAUAUGCUUCUUCUGAUAAGAGAAUGAGAAUUUAGAAGAGCACAGGCAUUGGACACUGUAGGACUGGAAGAAGGUGUAUGUGAACAAACAUUUUUAGUGCAGCUGUUGCAAAAGUGUAUUAAUUAACAAUUAAAUUG